UUGGAUUUGUUUGCACUACCGUCUACACAAACUAGCAUUGAAAAUGGAUUGUGGAUUCAUUAUAAACCAAUUUCAUCUCUUGGUGAUGAUGGACCUAUCGAGUUUCAAGUUCCUGGGACCGGCGAUGACUACAUAGAUUUGUCUCAUACAUUACUCCACAUAAAGGCAAAAGUAUUAAAUCAAGAUUCAACUAACUUGGUAUCUACUACAAUAGUAGCACCUGUAAAUAAUUGGCUGCAUUCACUUUUUAGUCAACUUGAUGUUUAUUUAAACCAAAAACUUGUAUCACCACCUAAUAAUACCUAUGCAUAUCGAGCAUACAUGGAAACCCUUUUAAACUAUGCCCCUGCUGCUAAACAAUCUCAUCUUACUUGUAGUCUUUGGUAUGAGGAUACAGCAGGAAAAAUGGAUUCUACAGAUGGUAAAAACAUAGGAUUUGUUAAAAGACAGGAAUUGAUUAGUGAAAGUAAGGAAAUAGAAAUGAUUGGUGUUCAAGGAAAAACUCUUGAUAAUAUAUUUUUAGGACAGGUACCGAAAAGAUGUAUAAUUGGAUUUGUGAACAAUUCUGCAUUUAAUGGUUCCCUUACUAAAAAUCCAUUUAACUUUGAAAACUAUGGUAUUAAUUCUUUCAGCUUAUAUAUUGAUGGUCAACAAAUACCUUCAAAAGCUUUGCAACCAUCUUUUAAUAAUAGCAUAUUUACAUCAGCAUAUCAUACUCUAUUCUCGGGAACUGGUAUUCACUUUCUUAAUGAAGGAAAUGGAAUCUCUUGUGAACAGUAUGGCAAAGGUUACUGUCUAUCAGCAUUUGACUUAACUCCUGAUUUAUCAGCUAACUCAUCAACUCAUUGGAAUCUCAUAAAGCAUGGUAGUGUAAGAAUAGAAGUACGAUUUGAAUCCUCAUUAAUACAAACAAUUAACUGUAUAGUUUAUGCUGAGUUUGAUAAUAUUAUUGAGAUAGAUAAAAACAGAAAUGUUACUGUAGACUAUAGUAGUUAA